GAAACAUUGGUUUAGAAAUUUUACAUGAAUUUUGUUUUACAAUUCAUUUCAUUAAUUGAUUAAUGAAUUAAUGAAUGAAUGAUUGGUUUUCGUCAUUGAAAUCAACAUUUGAUUGAUUUGUUGUUUUCGUUUCAAAUUGUGAUAAUAUUUUCGUUAAUUAAUUGCAAUUUAUUAUAAAUAUUAUUAUAUUUAUUGUAUAUAUUAUUAUAUGACCUAAACAUGGCUUACAAUGAGAGAGUAGAUCCGGAACUCAUAUUCACUAAACAGGAACGCAUAGGAAAGGGAUCUUUUGGUGAAGUGUUUAAAGGUGUGGACAAUCGGACGCAACAAGUGGUGGCCAUUAAGAUCAUUGAUCUCGAAGAAGCCGAGGAUGAGAUCGAAGACAUUCAACAAGAGAUUAUGGUUUUGUCUCAAUGUGACAGUCUUUUUGUGACCAAAUAUUUUGGAUCAUAUCUUAAAGGAACCAAAUUAUGGAUAAUAAUGGAGUAUUUGGGCGGCGGUUCUGCUCUGGAUUUGAUGAAAGCCGGACAUUUCGAAGAGAUGCACAUUGCGGUCAUUCUUCGGGAAGUGCUUAAAGGAUUAGAUUAUUUACAUUCCGAACGCAAACUGCAUCGAGAUAUUAAAGCGGCCAAUGUAUUGCUGUCAGAGAUGGGAGACGUAAAACUGGCCGACUUUGGGGUCGCCGGACAGUUGACUAACACUACCAGCAAAAGGAGUACAUUUGUCGGAACACCCUUUUGGAUGGCACCGGAAGUUAUCAAACAAUCCGCUUAUGACUCAAAGGCCGACAUUUGGUCGUUGGGUAUAACGGCUAUAGAGUUGGCCAAAGGCGAGCCCCCGAACUCUGAUUUGCAUCCAAUGCGAGUCCUUUUCCUGAUCCCGAAGAACAAUCCGCCGCAACUGACCGGCAAUUAUAGCAAACAAUUUAAAGAGUUUGUCGAGUCGUGUCUUAACAAAGAUCCUGAAAACCGGCCGUCCGCUAAAGAGUUACUCAAAUUUCCGUUCAUUCGUAAAGCGAAGAAGAAUUCAUAUUUAGUUGAUUUAAUUGAAAGAUAUAAGCGCUGGAAAGCCGCCGGUGGCGGACAUAGCGAUAGUGAUUCAGAGGCUUCCGAUUCUGAUGAGUCCAAAGGAACUUCAAGUGUUGAUAGUUUAAUAUGGGAUUUAACAAUACGACCACAACAUAACCCGCAGGCGCUCAACAAAUUGUAUUCGGAAUCUAUUUCUGAUCCCAAAAUGAAAGAAAACGACGAAAUAGUGUUAACUCGAGAAUUAACUAAAGCGUCGGUCACUCCUAAGAAGAGCAGUCACUCUAACGGAGACUCAAAAUUUGUGGCCGAAGUGACACCAAAACAAACGCCUCAAUACAGGACUCCAGACAAACAACAGCCGAUUAGCGAACAAAAGACGACACCUAAGACUUCUUCAAACGUUAAGACGACAGGAAAUCAAUUGAUAGAAAAAGGGAACAAUUCGUCGGUUAUAACGAAAUCGGUUACAAAACAGAAAGAAGAGAAACACGCAAAUGAAAGGACACACAAUCGGUCCGAAAACGAGAGUUUAGUUAACAGUCAAAUUCACGAACACAAGAGUAAACUGAUGGCCAGUUCUGCCGUCGCAGACAUUAGAGAUCGUGAACUGAGGACUUCGAAUCACACGAGCAGUAGUUCGUCGACGAGUGGUUCCCGAAUACAAAAGCCUCGCAAUAGUAGUGACAAAGAGAGUGCAGUGACCAGCAAAUCGAGUCCCAUAUCAAUGCCAAACAUAGCCCAAAGUGCUAUUAUUCCUGUCCUCAAUGAGAUCGCUCAGCGCUAUAAACGACAGAGCGUUGAUCUCAAUAACUCCAAAUCCAAUGCCAUCGAAGACCUAAAGCUAGCGUUUGAGUGCGCGGAGGGCUCGUGUGCCGGAGUCAGCGAUUACUUUGUUAAAGAGAUUGUUGUCAACUUAACGGGUCGACCACUGGUGAACGCAGUGCCUCAACAGCCACACCAUCAUCAUUAUCAACACUAUUCGCAACACUCACCACAUCAUCACCAGAACCAGAGGAAUAAUGUCAACUCCAAAUACGAGCACUCGACGCCAUACCGAUUGAAUGCCAAUUCCAGUUGAAGUGUCGACAUAUAUAGAACUUAAGGCAACUAUUUUUGAUGCUUUUUCGUUGACCACCUCUGGUCUCAAGUCUUCUCUCCGUUUAUUAUAAUUAUAUAUUAUUAAUGAAAAUGAAUAACAUUUAAAAAAGAAGAAA